AUGGCAGCAGGGGCAGCAGCUGGAGCCUGGGUGCUGGUCCUCAGUCUGUGGGGGGCAAUAGGUGGCGGUCAAAACAUCACAGCCCGGAUCGGGGAGCCACUGGUGCUGAACUGUAAGGGGGCCCCCAAGAAACCACCCCAGCAGCUGGAAUGGAAACUGAACACAGGCCGGACAGAAGCUUGGAAGGUCGUGUCUCCCCAGGGAGGCCCCUGGGAUAGUGUGGCGCAUGUCCUCCCCAACGGUUCCCUCCUUCUUCCAGCCAUGGGGAUCCAAGAUGAGGGGACUUUCCGGUGCCGGGCAACGAACAGGAAUGGAAAGGAGACCAAGUCCAACUACCGAGUUCGAGUCUACCAGAUUCCUGGGAAGCCAGAAAUUGUAGAUCCUGCCUCUGAACUCAUGGCUGGUAUCCCCAAUAAGGUAGUGGAAGAGAGCGGGAGAAGUAGAAACUAGUCCUGUGAAUGGGAGGGGAGCCUAGCUCUGAGUGUGGGGACAUGUGUGUCCGAGGGGGGCUACCCUGCCGGGACUCUUAGCUGGCACUUGGAUGGGAAACCCCUGCUACCUGAUGGGAAGGGAGUGUCUGUGAAGGAAGAGACCAGGAGACACCCUGAGACAGGGCUCUUCACCCUCCAGUCAGAGCUGAUGGUGAACCCAGCCCGGGGAGGAGCUCCCCACCCCACCUUCUCCUGUAGCUUCAGCCCGGCCCUUCCGCGGCGCCGGGCCUUGCACACAGCCCCCAUCCAGCCCAGUGUCUGGGAGCCUGUGCCUCUGGAGGUCCAAUUGGUGGUGGAGCCAAAAGGUGGAGCAGUAGCUCCCGGUGGAACCGUGACCCUGACCUGUGAAGCUCCUGCCCAGCCCUCUGCUCAAAUCCACUGGAUGAAGGAUGGCAUUGCCCUGCCCCUUGCCCCCAGCUCCGUGCUGCUCCUCCCUGAGGUAGGGCCUCAGGACCAGGGAACCUACAGUUGUGUGGCCACCCAUCCCAGCCAUGGGCCCCAGGAAAGCCCUGCUGUCAGCAUCAGCAUCCUCGAAACAGGAGAGGAGGGACCAACUGCAGGUGAGGGAUUGGACAAAGUCAUAGAAGCAGACAGUCCCCAACACAUGUGACAGGGGAGA